AGCGCACGCUCGGCUUUGGCGCUGCUGGCCUCAGCGAGCCGGCGGCUGGCUGCAGCGUCUCGCGGAAAACGGUCCCGUGUGCGCGCCUGCGCGCUCUUCUGUCAUCUGUCUAUAUCGUUAAUAGAUCCGAGUUGAGCAUCUUGACGACGACUGCGCGCGCCAGUGUGUUAGCUAGCUUUCUUAAGUGCUGCAUCGACGCGCACUUUCGUUCUUUCGGCUCUGCUUUUUCUCCCCCGCGAGCGAAGAAAACUUGCUGCUUGUUCAUCCCUGCGACUGUUAAGAACCGACGGUGAGAAAAGCGCCGCUCCGUCGUCGGCUGGAGCCGCGCGCUGCGACUUUAGGCUCCCGUUUCGAACUGUGGUGACUGUCGAGUAGCAGCAGCAAGAAGCGGCUGAACUUUUGACUGCUAUUCGGGCGUCAGUCAAAAGCGUUUUUUUUUUUUCCUCUCUUGUCGUCGUUGCGCUACCAUCGCGAGCUGCUUUUUUUUUUUCUGCGACAAUUUUCGAAGCUCGCUCACCACUGCGAACAUGGGAAAGAGAAACAGCAAGCUGAAGGCGGAACGCCUUUUCAAGCUGGUCAACGAGACAUACUUUUCCGAGAAAGAAGUCAAACAGUGGUACAAGGGAUUUCUUAAGGAUUGUCCAAAUGGCCAACUCACAGAACAGGGUUUUCUGAGGAUAUACAAGCAAUUCUUUCCUCAAGGUGAUCCCUCGAAGUUUGCAUCGCUGGUUUUUCGGGUUUUCGACGAGAACAAGGACGGCUCAAUCGAGUUCGAGGAGUUUAUUCGUGCACUUUCGGUGACUUCACGAGGCAGUCUCGACGAGAAGCUAGUCUGGGCCUUCAAACUGUACGACGUCGACAACGACGGAUUCAUCACAAGAGACGAGAUGUACAACAUCGUAGAUGCCAUCUAUCAGAUGCUGGGAAACCAGACGAAAGAAGCCGAACAAGAGGAAUCCCCCCAGGAAAGAGUUGACAAGAUAUUCGACCAACUGGACAAAAACCACGACAACCGGCUGACGCUGGAGGAGUUCCGCGAGGGCUCCAAGCAGGAUCCGAAGAUUGUGCAAGCGCUAUCUCUUUACGCUCCUUGACACAACCUCACAGCCAGUCAGUCCAUGCUGGUCCAGCCUCCCACGUUCGAGCUCAACUACUCCCACAUCCCGCCCAUCUACUGAACACCUUUCACUUAUGGAGUCCAUGCUCUUUUCUUUCUUUUUUAGCUUCUGCUGUGUUUUGUGUCUGCUUCUCGAUUUUGCACUCGUACUCUCUCUAUAUAUGGUUUGCAUGCGUUAAACCUAUAAAACACAAGCGAUACAGCGUGCUGGGAGGACAGAUAAUGUUAGUUGGCUUCGCGGCUGCGCCAGCAGGGUGUUUGGGUUCUGCAUCAAGAACCUUAAAACGGUGCUAGUCGCCAUUAAAUCUGUAAGUGUUUCCUAGUCUGUUUUUUUUUACCUUUAGCAUAUAAAUAACAUGGGGUUUACAAGGCGACGACGACAUGGCUGUCGCGGUCAGCAAUUGGAAUAAGUAUUUAGUUUGCGUUACUGCUCACAUUCAGAGUUCUACAGCUUAGAUAUGUAAAUAAGCAGAAAAUGAUAGAGCCGAUGCAGCGGCGGGCGCAAGGCUCCUAAUUGCAUGCCGGGUUACUGCACAAGUGUCUUUCAAGUAUUCUUAGGGGGGUGCGAGUAAGUAGUACCAAGGUUCGUAUUAAGUUCUCGCGAUUCGUCUUUCAACAAUUACAAUUGGUAAACUUAACUGACCCGAUAUUAUACCGCUAGGCUUUGUCUCAGUACGCUGAUGCGUUCCUGUAGCAUCGAUUAUUGAUGAUUGAUGAAGAUCUGUGGCCUAUGAGAAGCGAUACAAGAGCAUCGAAGACAAACAAGUAAACGAGAAAGGCCCUUAACUUUCUCGUCUACUUGAGUUGUCAUCUGUCGCCGCCCCCCCCAAAAAAUAAAAAAAUAAAAAAUAAAAAAAGAAAACAGGAAAUAAUAUCAAUGCUGACCGUCUCAUCCUUCUGGCACGCUGUAUCCAGCAACUCUCCUUGCGCGCUUUUGACGUUCAGUUUUUCUGCCCCGUGACACCAUUGAAUCUGCUUUCGAUGGCUUCCACCACGUAGUUUGCUGUGCAGAGAGUCGCUCACGCAUUCUCGCACACCUCGCAAACGAGCGCUCUCUUUCAGGGUAAAUGCAUUACGGAGCGGUUCACCAUGUCAGACUGAAGCUAUUUUUUGAAGCCAUCGGCUAUACCGUGCGGCGCACUGGGGCACUACAAGUGCCCUCCAGUUUUUAAGCGAUGAAAACUACGGUGAAUCUAUGCAUUUUUUUAUGGUUCUCGGAGCAGCUUCUCUCUUCCCCCCUCUCUCUCUACAACUCGUGCCAACCAGCUCCGUAGACGAUUUCGCUAAUUCAUCGUUACCAUGACUGUCACUCCGGUAGCGCCUGUAUGCCUCCGGAAAUUACACGUGGCACGCAUCUAAGGUGCAAGGUUCCCGUUCUUUCCACACCACUGUAUUUCACUCGCAGGCGUCGACUCACGGCACGCUGCUCCCAUUCCAUAUCUGACAAUCAUCUGACGCC